AUCAUAUAAUUCGUACGAGUUAACUUUAUUAAAACGGUGUUUAUUUAUAGAAUUUUUCGCGAAGAUUGUCUCACGUUUGAGAUGUCUUCAGGAUCAGCUGGGAAAGAUAGUGAAUCGGGAUCACAUUUUCAACCUGGUCUUAGAAGACCGCUUCUAUCUACUCAAGAGAAACUACAAAAUGGUCUCGAUUCAAGUAAAAAUCUCCAAAGUACUCUUUCUGUCAACGCACCAGAGUUUGUGCCUAGAAAGACCACAUUUUCUGUAACAGCUGCCGAAUUUGUCCCCAGACAGCAGCCUUACCCCCAGUAUUCACAGAGCCUGUAUCAGGACUUCCAGGGCCUACAAAUUGGCGGAUAUGGCCAGCCGCCCACAUCUGAACAGGUGUUGGACAGCUUCAGGACCGCCCUGACUGCCCUAAUCAGUCAGCCCGGGAACAUGGAGGAGUUGAUGAGUGGGGUCAUAGAUCAGAUGAACCAACUGCCAGCCACCGAGGAGUCAAUUCAAAACAAGGUCGUGGAGAUGCUUUUUGAACAGUGUGUUUCCGAGCCUAAUUUUCGAUACACUGGCGCCAGGCUUUGUAGACUGCUGUGUAAGAAGUUAAAGUCCCAUCCAAUGUUUCAAGACUUCAGAAAUGUAUUUCUUACAAGGUGUAAAGAAGAAUUUUUAAAAAAGGAAGAGAUGAUAUCCAAUCCUAAAUUAAUUGACCGUCUUUGUGGGUUCACAAUGUUUAUUGGGGAACUAUUUCUCAACUUAGAGGUUGAAGACGGAAGUGGUAAAGCUCAUAAAAUAGGUAUACUGCGAAGCCCAGUAUUGAAGGAUCUUUUGUUGAUUCUUUUGUCACACCCCACUGAUUUCACGGUCAAGUGCGCAACACAGCUUCUAAAGCUGACAGGCUCUACAAUAGAAGAUACUGCUUACUUGAAUAAAACUCCUGAAGAGGGCUCCUAUGAUGAAGUCUUCCUCCAGAUCAGACAACUAGAUACCUACCCAGAUCUUAACAGAACUAGCAAGUGUUUAAUAAAGUCAGUGUUAGAUUUAAAAGACAAUAAUUGGGGACGAUCACGAUCCUCUAAUCCCCCCACACCCGAGGAUUCCUACCAGCAAAACUACCAACAGGCAGCAAACUUCACACAGAAUGAACCCAUCUUCUACAACCAACAUGGUCAACCAAUCUCAGCUCAAGAGGCGGGGUAUUCAGACCAGGCGUUCGACCCAUACCUGCAAGAAGAAGAGGAGGAGGAGUUUGCCCGCUGGGAGGCGGGGGAACUGGAGGAGGGGGGUCACUGGGUGGAGGGGGGAGACUACCAGGCCUGGUCCGAUCAGGACGAGUACUUUCAAACGGGGCCAUAUACUGAGAACUACAUGGAUGAGGAAAUAGAGGCUGCGUAUGAGGAAUUCCUUCGACAACAACCCUCUCACCACUAGCGUAGCCCCGGCUGUCGGCUAGUCUGACAAAAUGUCCUUCUGUAUGUGUUGUAAUAUUUCAUUUGGACAGCCAAAAGACAGUGCUUGUUUACGUUUUGAAGUCCAGGAUUAUGUUACAAGUUACAUUGUUUUCAGUUGCUCCCAGCAGUGAACAGGAAAAGUUAAACACAGGUCUAAGAAAACAAAAGAAUGAUAAAAAUAAUGAAAAGUGCCUUUAAAAAUAAUGAAAAAAAUUGGUUAAGGCUUAUAUACUAAAUGAAAACUACUUAUGUGAAGAAAAAAAAACAAGAGCUUCUUAGAAUUUAUCCUAAUUUCAGUAUUUUGAAAUGGCAUAUCAUACUCUUACUCUCAACAUUGUAAACCUAAUUUUUAAAAUACCAGUCCUUGUAUGUUCUGUUCAUUAGAUGCAGAAAAAAAAGAGCAUAUAAAAAUUAUGAAACGGUUUUGUUGCCAAUUAAUAUCCUGUGGAAUCAUUUAAAUUCGUGGGGGCCAAUUUUCGUGUAUUAUGACUUUUUUGCUCAUUCCUGGGGAUGUGAUUUCGUGGACGCGUAGCCUACUAUUUCAGUAACAAAGAUGACUCUUUCUAAAAUUGUUUUCGUUGAGGAUUUAAAUUCGUGGGAGAGGGCUACCCACGAAUUCAACGAAAAUUGAGCCACCUCGAAUUUUAAUGAUUCCACAGUAUUGUGAAAUGAAUUAAGACCUUUAUUAAAAGAAAAAAUCAAACUUUUGAAUAGUAGAAAGAUAGUGCAAUAUGUUCAGUAUCUUCAGCUAUAUAGAAAACUCACAUUGUGUAUUAAAUUCAUUAUGAACUAUGAUACUGUACAGAGAGUUGUGAAAGAAUUUGUAUCAUAAAUUCCUUUUUUCAUUGAGAGUUCAAUUAAACUUUCCAAACAACA